GCCACUGAACUAGAGCUGUUUUUAUGACAGCCAGCAGCCAGGCAGCAGGACUUCUCUGCAACCUUUGAAGGCUGCACUUCUUAACAGCUUUUUGGACUCCGAGAAGCACCUAAGACAUGACUUUACUGUCGAGGAUUUAACGAGUUUUGUAUUGUUUUAUACUUAUAUCCGCCUGAAAGUGAGCUGAACGUCGAACUUGUCACCAUGAGAAGCAGGAGCAACUCCGGCGUAAAGCUGGACAACUAUGCCCGGAUGGUGCACCAAACUAUCCUGAGACACCAAGAUCCAGUGACGGGUCUCCUGCCGGGCAGCUCGGAUCAGAACCACUCGUGGGUCAGAGACAACGUGUACUGCGUGCUCUCUGUGUGGGGGCUCAGCCUGGCCUACAGGAAGAACGCUGACCGCGACGAAGACAAGGCCAAGGCCUACGAACUGGAACAGAGCGUGGUGAAGCUAAUGAGGGGCAUCCUUCAGUGCAUAAUGAGACAGAUGGAUAAAGUGGAGAAGUUUAAAUACAGCAGGAGCACUUCGGACUCGCUCCACGCCAAGUACAACACCAACACCUGCGCUCCGAUUGUGGGGGACGACGAGUGGGGUCACCUGCAGGUCGACGCCACCUCCCUCUUCCUGCUCUUCCUCGCGCAGAUGACCGCCUCUGGUCUCCAUAUCGUCUACACCCAAGAUGAAGUGGACGUAGUUCAGAAUCUCAUGUUCUACAUCGAGACGGCUUACAAAGUGGCUGACUAUGGGAUGUGGGAGAGAGGAGACAAAACCAACCAGGGCAUCACCGAGAUUAACGCCAGCUCUAUAGGCAUGGCUAAGGCAGCUCUGGAGGCUCUGGACGACCUCAACCUCUUCGGAGCCAACGGAGGACCGGGAUCCGUGGUCCACGCUCUGGCUGACGACAUACAGCACUGCCAGUCCAUCCUGACGUCCAUGUUACCCCGAGCCUCCAUCUCUAAAGAGGUGGACGCCGGAGUCCUCGCCAUCAUCUCGUACCCCGCCUUCGCCGUGGAGGACAUCGCCAUCGUCAACAUGACCAAGGAGGAGAUCAUCUCCAAGCUGCAGGGUCGGUACGGCUGCUGCAGGUUCCUGAGAGACGGACACAAGACCCCUAAAGAGGAUCCAAACCGCCUGUACUACGAGUCUGCAGAGCUGAAGCUGUUUGAGAACAUCGAGUGUGAGUGGCCGCUGUUCUGGACCUACCUCAUCCUGGACGGCAUCUUCAUCAACAGCCCCGAGCAGGUGCAGGAGUACCAGGAGGCUCUGGAGGGAAUCCUGAUCAAACAGAAGGACGGGAUCCGGCUGCUGCCCGAGCUCUACAGUGUCCCCGCUGAUAAGGUGGAGGAGGAGUAUGUGAACCCCCACUCUGUGGAGAGAGUCCCGAUGGGGAAGUGUCCUCUGAAGUGGGGACAGUCUCUCUACAUCCUGGGAAACCUCCUGUCUGAGGGAUUCCUCGCCCCUGGAGAGAUCGACCCUCUUAACCGUCGUUUCUCCACCAUCCCCAAACCUGACGUGGUCGUACAGGUGUCGAUCCUGGCGGAGACAGAGGAAAUCAAACAGCUGCUGCAGAAGAACGGCAUCGAAGUAGAGACGGUCGCUGACAUCCAUCCCAUCCACGUGCAGCCCUCCAGAGUCCUGAGCCACAUCUACGCCCGACUCGGUCGUAACCCGAGGCUGGGUCUGACGGGGCGGCCCUACAGGAGGAUAGGAGUGCUGGGAACCUCCAAGUUCUACACCAUCAGAAACACCAUGUUCUCCUUCACACCUCAGUUCAUCGACCACCAGCAGUUCUACUUGGCGUUGGACAACAAAAUGAUCAUGGAGAUGUUGAGGACGGAAAUCUCCUACCUCGCCUCCAGGUGGAGGAUGACCGGACGACCCACCGUCACCUUUCCCAUUUCACAGACCAUGCUGACUGAAGACCACACAAACCUGGACCCGACCGUCUUGGCUACACUGAAGAAGCUACAGGACGGAUAUUAUGGAGGAGCAAGGAUCCAGACGGGGAAGCUGUCGGAGUUCUUGACCACUUCCUGUUUCGCUCACCUGAGCUUCCUGGACGGUAAGGCUUCUGGCAGCAUGGCUCGCCACGACGCAGCAGGGAAUGAUGAUGAUGAUGAUGAUGAUGAUGAUGAGGGUGCCGGCGAUGGAUACGUGCAUGAGUUACGUUAUGACGAUGAGGCUGACGACCUGGCCCAGUACCUGGACCACCUGUUGGCCCACUCCGCCCCCAAGAAGCCCACCAAGAAAGUGGGAGGAGCUUUGGGGAAGUUCAAGGCUCUGGCGACUAAAACCAAAGAUAUGGUGUCUCUGAUGAACAAGGCUCAGACCCUCAACGUGGACAAUGUGAACAUGUACCUGCCCAACAAGCUGUUCCGCUCUACUCAGCCGUCUCUCAACCUGAACCUCCCAGAGUCCUCCUCACAACAGGAAACUCAGGAUGAGAAGGCCAUCCCCAGAGACGCCAGCGGAGGAGUCGACUACAACACCUUGGUCCAGCUGCUGAGAGACACUCAGAGUCUGCAGGACCAGGCGGACAUCCUCUACAUCCUCUUCAAAGACAAGGGCAUGGAGUGGGACACCCAGCUGCACGGUAAAGGCUCCACAGUGAGGUCCCUGCUGUCUGACCUCUAUGAGAAGGUCGGGGACCUCAAACAGUGGGGCCUCAUCAGGAUGAUCUCCGGCAUGCUGAAGAAGAAGGUGGAGGAGCUCGAUUCGGCCUGCUCUGAUUUGCUAGCCCACCAGAAGCACCUGACAGUGGGUCUCCCUCCGGAGCCCAGAGAGAAGACCAUCACGGCUCCAAUCCCUCCGGACCAGCUGGCCGCUCUCAUCGACGAGGCCAGCGACAACAACAUCAGCGUGGCCAUCCUCACUCAGGAGAUCAUGGUGUACCUGGCCAUGAGCAUCAGGACUCAGCCCAGUCUGUUCAGUGAGAUGUUCCGGCUCCGCAUCGGACUCAUCAUCCAGGUGAUGGCCACCGAACUCGGCCAGUCCCUCAACUGCUCAGGAGAGGAGGCCACAGAAAGUCUCAUGAGUCUCGGCCCGUCGGAGCUGAAGAACCUCCUCCACCACAUCCUGAGCGGGAAAGAGUUCGGAGUGCAGCUCAGUGUUAGAGAGCUGGAUGCUGGGGUCAGUCCCGCUAUCUCCAUCCAUCACCUCGGCAACGUGGGCGCCACCAAGAGCGAGAGAGCGGGCAUCAGCAAACUGAAGAGCGACAUGAAGAUGGCGGAGCACAGGUUGUCCCUGUCUGAACCAUUUAAGCUCGACCAGUCACUGUCCUUCUCUCGCAAGGGCAUGCGAUCUCAGUCAAUGGACAUAGAAAACUUUGAAUCUGGGAGGUACAGGCUGCCCUCCAUAGAAUCCCCGGACAUUCCGGAAUGCGUACCGGUAGCCAAGGAUACCAGGCACGGCCAAUGGCUGCGCAGGAGGCGUCUGGACGGAGCACUGAACCGAGUCCCCGUCGGCUUCUAUCAGAAAGUGUGGAGGAUCCUGCAGAAAUGCCACGGUUUGUCCAUAGAGGGCUUCGUCCUUCCAUCUUCAACCACCAGAGAGAUGACCCCAGGAGAGAUCAAGUUCUCGGUGCACGUGGAGACGGUCCUGAACCGCGUCCCUCAGCCUGAGUACCGGCAGCUGCUGGUGGAGGCCAUCCUGGUGCUCACCAUGCUGGCUGACGUGGACAUCCCCAGCAUCGGCUCCAUCAUCCACGUGGAGAAGAUCGUCCACCUGGCCAACGACAUGUUCUACAAGGAUCAGAAGGACCUGGGAGCAGAGGAGCACAUCCUGGAGCGGGACCCGUCGACAGGAGUGUGCAGACUGCUGUACGACAGCGCCCCCAGUGGUCGCUUUGGAAGCAUGACCUACCUCACCAAGGCCGUGGCGGUGUACGUGCAGGACUUCCUGCCCAGCGGUUCCUGUGCGGUGCAGUGAGAGCAUCCUGAAACCUGAAAAAAGGGUGAAACCACUCAGUAGAAAAUGCAGUUAAAGCUACAAUUUGCAGCAUUUCAGGACAUGAAUAGAAUCUGCUGUAUAUUGUCACUAUGUGUGUUAGUGCAGAGUUGGAAAAUCAGACUUUAACACACAUGAAUUGGGAUGUAUGCUUUUAGAUAAACUGUUUAUGUUGAAGGGGCAUUAACACAGGUCAUCAUGCAAAGUCCUGAGGGUUUCGUCCAUAGGUCACUAUAAAAAAAGGCUCAGAAAUUACCCGAAACACCGCAGGCACUGUAGCAUUAAUACACACUGGGAUAAGAGUUACUGCAGCAGAACAGAGUAUUACAAUUAAAUCAUUUUGUUGAAAAUCUAAAUUAUAGAUGAAAACAUACAUAUUUUCCGUCCCUUUCUCAUGUCUGAUGACUUAUGUAAGAACUUGUUUACGGGAUAAAGUGAAUUGUAUGAGCUGGAUCAUGUGAUUUGAUUGGACAAUCACAUAAAGGAAUUUACCUUCUGUACAGCUAUUCAACAACGACUACCUUCAAAUAACUUCAGAGACUCAGAAACAGACGUUUGUUCUUAUAUGGCUUGACUUUGAAACUUAAAAAUGUUUCACAAAGUGCAAAUUAAUUAUUCUAAUUGAUCCUAAUUUAUUACUACAUGUGUGUUACUUCACCUCUAAUCCUACAUGCUGUGUAAAAUAAUGACAAAUACUGCUAUUUAUUUUAAAUGAUAGUUCUAGAAAGCUGAAAAUAGAUGUCAGAUGUGUCUUAAAUGCCUUAAGUGUGUGUGUGUGUGUGUGUGUGUGUGUGUGUGUGUGUGUGUGUGUGUGUGUGUGUGUGUGUGUGUGUGUGUGUGUGUGUGUGUGUGUGUGUGUGUGUGUGUGUUUGUUUUGUUUUCAACUAUGCAAAAAUAGCCGACACAGGCAUGCAUUAGUCCUUUUGGCUUACUAAGUGCAUUUCAGAUGUAUGUCCUCUAAAGAAGGGAAACACCUUAAAUGAAACUGUUAUUUAGUUUUGAGGGUUUUUUUUGUUCAAUUGUAAUAAAACUUACAAAGUUGGAAGGAUUUGGUGUUUAGUAGAUUGUGAGAGGAGUCAUUUCUGUGGUUAAUUUUACAAUUACAGGCUGAUCGAUCAGCUUUUUUUUUUGACAUAGUAGAAGAUCUCAUCGCCACGCUCCAUGUGAACUACAAACAAUCAUGGUGGAAUGAGAGCGAGUCCCUUCUCGACGAGUAUUAAAGUCUAAAAAAUAAUGCAUUUAUUUCUGUUACUAGAUAACAGGACCCACUGAACUGUUGGAUGUUUGUCUUGUUUUUGGAUCUUAUUCUGUAAUAAAACUAAGAAUGUU